CAAAAUCCACUUCACAUGUCCCAGCCAACGAUGGUCAUAUCCAACAACGAUCUACGCCUCAGGUGUUGGCAACAGCUACUUCCCCGAUCCAACACCAGCACAAGCCGAUUCACACAUAUUCGAAUCACCAUUCGAAUAUUCCCACAUCAACAACCGCCGGGCCUUGCUGGCAAAAUUCAACCAUCGAGCUGUAAAGUUCUACACUACUACAAUGAUUUCCAACUUCGUCAAUAUUGACUACGAUUUAUCUGAAUUCGCACCAGAUUA